AGCUCAUAUUUUGCUUUAAGCUGUGGGGCCCCAAAUAUCUUUGUGGAUGAGUCGUCAAAAUCCUGCCGCAAGGAUGCAGGACCCAGCUGGGGGUGUGCCGCAACAGCUGUUGCCACACAUGCACCUUGUCUCAAGCUAUAGGUACCCGUCAAUGGCCAACCUCACCAUGGAGACCGCCGUCGAAUACCUUCUCUCAGCUCCGAAAGUCGUUCGAGAACUACAGCCAAUGCACUGGAUGUUUCUUGAUGCACCUCCAGACGGGACAGUCAUGCUUGUUUGGCAGCCUUUAAACCAUCUGGGAACGAAUUUCGCAAGUGAUGGCUACGUGUGGGGAGACGCAGAGCAAGUUUAUACAACAGAAUCGCGCGGAUAUACUGUUGAAAUGUGGUUACAUCGAUGCGGAUACCAUCCACCGCACGAGACAGUUGCUACCCAUGCCCGUAGAAGAUUCCGAUUGACACCUGCGAAAACACCAAAUCCCAACCUUCCACCUCCCGACCCAUCUCUAUGGAUCGUUCACUAUGCUAAAGCACCCUCCAUUGACCAGAUCCCCGUAACGCACAUCGCUGUUCCUCCGGCAAUCCAUAACAUUCUAGCUCAGCGCCGAUUUCUUCAGAGCCAAGGUCAGCUCGCGCGAAAGGAAUUCAUGUUGCACGACCGAAAUACCUGGCCCACUAUCAGCCUUCCACCCCAAGUUGGUCAACAACCAUAUGCGCAGCCCAGUCCUUACGCACAGCCAUACAUGGCGCGCCACCAGCAAGCCCCGUUCUUCCAACACCCUCCAGGUGCAAAUAUGCCGCCAGGGCAGGUUAAGACACCUCGCGGACACCGAGCGACCGCAUCCGCUGCAAUGGCAGCAGCUGCGCUCCCAGACUUUUCCUUGGAGGACGAAGAAGUAUCCACUGGAGAUUUCUUAGAUAAUAUCACACCGCGAGAGAUCAGUCGACUAAGAUAUCGCCAUAACCAUGAAUGGAUGGAGGAGAUAUUUGAUUCACCUUACCGGAUAAAUCAGAUUUUACCAGUUGACUUGGGACUUGGCCGAAAAGGAGAACUGGAAUCUCUCACGAAGGGAUAUCUGGAGGCUCCAGCUGGUCCUUCUCCUGGUGCCGAAUCCGAUGCUACAGUCAGCAAGAUGGAGCCAGAAAAGAUGGAGGAGUUUACCAACGCCGUUACGAAGAGGGUUGCUGAUGUGACGGCUGAAAUUGAAGCGCUCAAAAGAAGACAUGCACGCCGACUCGAGAAAAUCAACCGGCUGUCCGUGUUGAAAGAAGGAGAGGUCGCACUUCGCGAUGCCUACGUUGACCCCUCGAAUGUAGGCAAAGAAUUUUGGCGGAUUGAAAAUCGUCUGAGACCCAUUGUCGUAACGGAUGAAACAAUGCAACAGGUCGAAUAUAACGAACCUACGUCCAGGACGAAAGUCGCUGAUAUAUCUGCUGGAGUGCAAAAGGCUUGGGGUGAACCUAUUGUGCCUCUCAAGGAAGUCAUCUGCGUCGACAAAGGCGGGCUCGAGGAGCCAGUCAAAGAGUCGCCACAACCCACUACCGAACCAUCUCCCGCAGACGUUGACAUGGGAAAUGGGGAAGACCUCUCAAAGGGCCUCGAGUUGCCUACAGCACAGGGCGAGCCCGUAUCUGAGUUUGAAGCGGCGAAACAAGGAGCACAAGCAACGCAAGAGGUGACGGGUGAUGUUUCCAACGCAGCCCAAGGCAACAUACAGGCCGCAUCCGGUCCCAGUGGAGAUAUCGAAAUGGGAGGCGUGAAUGAGGGUCAAGCACCAGCGUCGGCUGACCAACUUGGGGAGGACUGGGUGGUAGUGAACAAAGAUGAAAAGACUUCAAGAGACGGUAGCCCAAAGGGAGAUCAGGCUGAAUCCAUCGAACAGCCAAGUGCACCGAAGGACGCGUCUAUGAAGGAGCCAGAGGGCACCACACCCAGAAACAACACUGGACUUGAAGCGCCUGAAGUUUUAGAGACGAGCAAUUUCGAAGACGCCGCGAGUUUUAGCCAUAUCGAUUCGGCCGGUGAAGCCCUGGCAGCGUACGAGGAAAACAGUGGACUGGACUUGGAAGGGCUGGACAACUCUGCCUUCGGCGAUGCGUUCCAUGCGUCGGAGGGUGGACAUCAACAUCAUGACACAGAGGACAUCUCGUAAAGGGGCUAUGCGUUGGGGGGAAAGAACGGGAGUUUUUUCUUUUGGCUUUUUUUUUUCUUCUGUAUGAUUAUGUUACGGGAUGGGACUAGGUGUGUUUCUUCAAUGAUCGGUGGUUCUAUGGAGCGAGAACUCGUGAUCUUCGGGCGUUAGGUAGGUAGGAA